GCGUACGCAGGAGUCACGAGAACCGUUUCCAUGAAAAUUGAAAUUUUCUAACUGAAUCAACUGGCCACUCGGUGAUGCCGCCCGCGAUAGAUGAUCAUGCGGAUGUUCUGUUCCGCCCUGAUUACGACUUUUGCUCCAAUUCGGAUCGUUUUAUUGUAAAAGACCGAAACUACGUUGUGCAGUACGCCCCGUUGUAUGCAUGUCGGUUACGCCAGGUUUCGAAAGCCGUUCGAGAGAAUGUGUUGGAACGUUUUGGUAAGGAUGUCAUUAUGACAGAAUUAGCAGACCUCGCCGUGCAUGCCGGAAAAACGUGUGUCAUCAUCGGAACCUUAUUCAAGCACCAAGGAUUGAAGCCUUCGAUUCUGAAAGAAAUCAGCGAAGAACACAACUUGGAACCUCAGCCAAUCCUCAGCAAUUUCGUCGGCGAAGAUGAUGAACUGAUUCUUGAAGACGAAAGUCAACGCAUUCGACUGAAGAACGUCGACACGAAUUCUUUAGUUACUGGCGUUGUUGUGGCUGCGUACGGUCGCGAAGCUGACGGAGGAACUUUCGUUUGCGAAGAACUGAUUUUUGCUGGGGAUCGUGUGUUGAAGCCAACGAAGAGACUGCGUCCUGUGAGCAACAAGUAUGUUGCUCUCGUAUCUGGAUUGUGUUUCGAUGGUGGUGUCGAAUCGAAGCUUGAGUUGCAACUGUUCUUGGACGCCAUGAAGGGAACUUUUCCUAUUCCCGGCCUCGAAGUUGAAUCGAUUGUUCGAGUCAUCGUCGCGGGCAAUUCAUUAGCUCCGUGUUCAAGUGAUAAUCUCGACGCUCAAAGCGCAUGGAUUAAAGAUUUGGACACGUUUCUCGCCGAGCUAGCGUCUGUGGUUGACGUCGAUUUGAUACCCGGGGAAAACGAUCCGUCAAAUUUCCAAAUGCCACUCCAGCCAUUGCACGCUUGUCUAUUUCCUCGUGCAGAUGCUUUUCCUGGUUUUAAAAGCGUCCCGAAUCCGUAUGACUGUGAAAUCGAUGGAGUGAGAUUCAUGGGUACUUCCGGUAACAAUGUGAGUGACAUCAAGCGAGUUUCCACCUUGUCGGACGUCGGAGAUAUUUUGGAGGCUUUGCUCCGUUGGGGGCACAUCUCGCCAACUUGUCCUGAUACGUUGGGUUGUUAUCCAUACAGAGAUGUAGAUCCUCUGGUUAUCGACGAAGUUCCUGACGUGUUCUUUUGCGGAAAUCAUGAACUCAGUUGCAGAAAGAUCGAAAUGGCUGUUCAUCAUGGAUCAGAGACUGUUCCCGUACUCAGUCUAUCAGUUCCCGCUUUCAAUCAAUCCAAGAAAGUCAUUUUGCUGAACCUUCUUACUCUCGAGAAGAAAGAGCUGUGUUUCUCUGGUUUCUAAAGACCUGUGAAUUUCCGUUCAAAUAUAAUUUCACAGUUUUCUAGCUUC